UAACUGCAGCACUUCCUCGAGUCUUCGGGAGCGCGCUCUGCAGUCAUGCGCACGGAGGGGAAGUGUAAAGACGGAAGAAAGGACAUUGAAUAAACUUACCAACUUCUAGCUGACUGGCUAGAAAUACAGUUGAAUGCGACGUUACAGGAGAGGUGGUUACUUAUUUCGUUACAGGUUUAAUUAGCUUUAACGCCCCGUCCGCAUUCAGUCACCGCCCUCUCAACUCGCUGUACGACACGAGCAGGAGACUACAGCAGUUUUCAAACAGACGUGCACUUGCCUGAAGUCUUCCACCAUUAAAAAGUCACAUUUAGCCUUCACGUGAAAGUGCUUUGCAAGAAAGUUAACCGAAUUAACGUUAAACUGAACCAGCUCGUUGGUUUCGGGAGACUCGGGCUUUCUUUCCUGGUGGGAAAAGUUCUCGGUGUUGGUGGUGGACUAGCCGGGGCAGGCCUGCCGCUGAAGAGGCUGCAUGUGUGAAGACUGUAGCUGGCGAGGAGCGACUCUCACGGCGACAGCCUUCCUGAGCACCAAGAAACAUGUCGGCCCAGGCACAGAUGAGAGCCAUGCUGGACCAGCUCAUGGGGACGGGGAGAGACGGUGAUACCAUGAGGCAAAGAAUCAAGUUUACAGAUGAGCGAGUCUGCAAAAGUCAUCUUCUGGACUCCUGUCCUCAUGACAUUCUGUCUGGCACUAGAAUGGACCUGGGAGAGUGUAUGAAAGUUCAUGACUUGGCCCUGAGGGCUGACUACGAGAUAGCCUCUAAAGAGCAGGAGUACUUCUUCGAACUUGAUGCUGCUGAACACCUUCAGUCUUUCAUCGCUGACUGUGACCGCAGGACUGAGCUGGCCAAGAAGAGACUCGCAGAGACGCAGGAUGAGAUCAGCGCUGAGGUGGCUGCAAAGGCUGAACGUGUGCAUGAGCUGAAUGAAGAGAUCGGGAAGCUUCUGGCCAGGGCAGAGCAGCUCGGGGGAGAGGGCAAUGUGGAUGAAGCCCAGCAAGUGCUGGAAAUGGUGGAGAAGACCCGCGCCUUAAAGAAGGAAGCAGAGGAUGUGUACAGGAACUCGAUGCCAGCCUCCAGCUUUCAACAACAAAAACUACGGGUAUGCGAGGUGUGCUCUGCUUACUUGGGUCUCCAUGACAAUGAUCGUCGUCUGGCUGACCACUUUGGGGGCAAACUGCAUCUCGGGUUCAUUGAAAUCCGUGAAAAGCUUGAAAAAUUAAGGAAAGCAGUUGUAGAAAAACAAGAGAGAAUGCGAAUGAGAAGACGAGAGGAACGUGAAAAAGAAGACGAAAGAGAACGACAGUGGGAAAUGGAGCGGGAGCGAGAGCGGGAAAGAGAGCGAGAAUGGGAGCGAGAACGAGAAAGGGAGAGAGACCGAAGGAGGUCAAGAUCUAGAAGUGGAGACCGAUACAGGGAUGGUGGUAGUUCUUCCCAUCGUUCUAGACGACACCGCUCCUCUCGCUCAAGAGAAGAAGGCGGAGAACGUGAUCGUGAGAGAGAGCGGGAGAGGAAACAUCGACACAAAGAUAGGCAUCGCUCACGUUCCCACUCUCACAGGCAUAAAAGGAAGAGAUCCUCAAGAGAGAGAACAUCUCACACCCGAGAGAGAGAGCGCUCUCAGUCCCAGGAGAAAGGAGGAGAUGGUGCAGCAGAGGGCUGGCGUAACGACAGGGCGGACUGCAGAGACUGGGAGGACAAGGAACGCUCCCCUUCUCCAGACACAGCUAGGGGGAGGGAACGAGAGAGAUCCCUCUCUUAUGAGCGGGACCGACGCUCCAGCUCAGAAGAGCGAGAGUCUGGGGAGAUAUGAACUGGACACCUCCAAAGUCUUUAUUUUGGAUUAACUGUUUAGUAAGAAGGAGCAUGGAAAAAAGAGUGUCAGUGAGCGUGAGUGGCCUUGUAUGUGUGGUCAUACGUAAUCAGGACCUGUACAUCAGCGGGGGCGGACUUUGGUGAAUAAACUUGGGAAUGAGGGAACACCUUAAGUGGUGGUGGUCAAGAAAACAUGCAAACAAACUUUUAUAAAACUCUGCAGAGUUGUGUUGGUGUGACAUGGAAGUGUUAAAUUUUUUUGUCAUCUUGUCGAUCUUACAGUACGCUCAGUUUCUUUGACACUGAUGAGUUAGAAAAGUCAAAGCAGCCCUUCGAUUUUUUUCACAUCAAGUGCUAUUUUUUUAACCAUUAGUCAGUUCUUUAAUGUUUUGUCUUUUUUCUGUUCCUCUUAAGAAUUUUACCAUUUCUUGUGUUUCUGGAUUCAUUUUCUCUUGUUGGGUUCAUUUAUGUGGGAUAGCCCUGGUGGUCAUAUUUGAAAUGAGCAGUUGAUGUCUGAAGGCACUUCAGAAGUUUGUGAUUUAUCUGCUGCCUUCAAGCUGUAACAAUCUCAUUUGGGAAAUUUGAUACACAUCCAUGAGCUUGCCCCUUAUUUCAGAUGCACUGAAAAUCUGGUACUUUGAAAAUAAACUUAUUGGUCCCUCUGAAAGAAGACAUUCGUUUCCUGAGAUGUAUACAUAUAGGUAAAGUGGAUCCUUACAUCUACUCACUGAAGGCCUAGGAUCUCGUGUCCUGUUUGCUGUGAUGCGUUGUGGUUGUACUGGGGGAAUCUUUGUUGCUGUGCUGUCAUUAAGUAAAUAAAAAAUCAACUUCCUGUCAAACACAUGUGAUUAAACUGAUUUCUCUUUAA